UCACUUUACGCCCCUUCUACUAAUGCCGACAAGAUAAUUUUGCUGUGAUACUUUUAGGAACUCCAUCAACUCAUCCGGAUCACCGCCAGAAACAGAAGAAUUGGCGAUAGACGACACCUCUCGGAAAUCCGAUACAGUUUUUGAUUCGAAAGAAGAACCACAAAUGUUGAAUUACAUCGAAAACGAGCCUGACACACCAAUCAACAUGAAUGUAGCCGUUGAUCCGCAACUACUUGACAUAAGCCAAAUGGAAUCUUUCGUGGAUAUCUCAAAAAAUCAGACAGCAUAUGCAGACAUGUCAUCAGAACCUGACUCGAGCAGUAUGUCGCAAGAAAUUAGAGACUUGAGUGAGCCUAUAAAAAGAACAGUCGUGAAUUCGGUGAAUUCUGUCGCUCAGACUGUAACUGCAAAGGCGUCCUCAGAACUUCAACAGAAGACUAUGUCGCAAGAAGCAAAAGACUUGUUUGUAGAUUCACAAGAAACAUCCGAGUCCAGCUCACAAGAGACAGAUUAUCUGAGCAGUAAGGAAAAGAAGGAAGUCGUGUCUAUACCGUACCCCAUUCAGCUUUCCACGAUACCCGUCCUUACAACGACAGAAGCUACCACUGAGGCGACCACUACGAAAGUAACUGAGGAUGUUUCCACUAUAGUAGAGUCGUCAACCAUUCGAAAGCGAAGCAGCGUAAGUGAUAGGCAAGAAACGGACCUCAAAAUUACAGCCCCAGUAUCCAAUGCAAAGGAAUACGACUGGUCCAUUAUUUCGAGCACAGCCUCACCAUUUCCACCAAGUGAAGGUGUUACGACUAUCAAAACACCCACGAUAGUGCGAUACUUUGUAAAAAUCACUAGAAACCCAUGGUUGAAGAAAAUUCCUGCUGAUGAGGCUUAUUUCUUCAAAAACACAACUCCGAUGCCUUUAACUUCUACUACAAAAGAGACUGCAGGCGAUAUCAUAGCAGAUGAAGUGAUAGAGACGAGUGAAGCUGAGACUUCAGCAGCAAGUACUGUAACGCCAGAUAGUACUACAGAAAUGGAGACCUUUCCAAUUGGCAGGAUACCAGAUUUUGUGCCGAUUGGAAAUAUAGAGGAGAUUGUGCCUAUUUGGAAAGGAGAUUUCUUCGAAUCGGCAGAAGCGCAAGAUCAAGAGCGGGAGCGGAAGCCUAGCAUAAUCCCUAAGCUGUUCGACGAAGCUACGGCGACGGUCACUUCAGAAAACACGAACGAUCCUUUCGAUAUUAUAAGUACAACGAGUAAUGUGAUAGAGACUAGCGAAGCUGAGGCUCCGGAGCCUACGACUGAUCAGGAUGCGCCAAAUGCUCUUAACGAUACACCGACAACAGCUUUAAGCUUGUCGAGCAAAUUCUCUGGGACAUUUGACAACCUCGCCACCCAAAGUUCUGUCUGA